AUGGGGCCCACCUUCUUCGACAAGGCCGAAGAGCUGCGCGACAUCUGGCUCAAGUACGCGACGCGCACCGAGCCCGCGGGUUGGGCCGAGGCCGCGCCCUUCCCGCCGAAACCUGAGGAUGAAGCACAGGGGGGGCGCAAGAUCGACGUCAUGAAGGGCGUCAUGGCCAUGGCGAUUGAUAUCAUCGGCCAAGCAGGGUUCGGAUACCAGCUCCGUGCGCUGAGUACCUUGCAGGGUGAGGACAACAAGCUCGUCGAUGCGUUCCGCAACAUGAUCCAGGGCGGCAUGCCCAACACGCGCCUGCAGAUGUUCCUCGAGAUGAUUCCCUGGUUCCGGGGCAGGACCAAGGCGGAACGGACGGUCGAGGAGUGCGCCAAGCUUGCGGAAUCGGUGCUGGCCGAGCGCCUGAGGCAGAGCAAGGCUGAGGUUGCGGCACAAAUGGCCGCUGAGAAGGAAGGGAUCGCCACCGGCCCUUCGGGGACGGAGGCUAAGGACCUCCUCAGCCUCAUGCUGAGGAGCAACAUGAACCCCGACAUCAAGGUCAACCAGCGCCUGACCGACUACGAUAUCCAGAGCCAGCUGCGUACGUUCAUGCUGGCCGGCAACGAGACGUCCGCGUCGUCCACAUGCUGGGCGCUGUUGCGCAUGGCGAAAGCACCAGAGAUCCAGUCCCGCCUGCGCGCCGAGUGCAUGACGCUCGGCGAGCGCCCGAGCAUCGACGCACUCGACGCCCUGCCCUUCCUCGACGCGGUGGUGCGCGAGGUCCUCCGCACCGACGCGGUGGUGCAGGCGUCGAUCCGCACCGCGCAGCGCGACACGGUCAUCAAGCUCGCGACGCCCGUGCGCGGCCGCGACGGCAACAUGAUCACCGAGGUGCUCAUGCGUCGCGGCGAUUCGGCCUUCAUCCCGAUGCAGGUCAUGAACUGGGAUCCCGAGGUAUGGGGGCCGGACUCGCUCGAGUUCAACCCUGACCGCUUCCUCCGUCCUGGCAUUCCCGCCAAGACCGUUCCCGGCGUCUAUGGCAACAUCAUGACGUUCAUUACUGGCCGGCACGGGUGCAUCGGGUGGCGCUUCGCUGUCACAGAGGUCAAGGUUGUGCUCUUCACGCUCAUCAGGGCUUUCAGCUUUGAGGAACUGCCGAGCAAACCUGAGGUCGUGGGACAGCUCAAGGUCAUCCUCCGUCCUGCUGUCAAGGGCGAAGACGAGGAGACGACGUACCAGCUCCCCCUGCUUGUGCGCGCGCUCGAUACGGCGUAA